GAUGAAGAAUGAAAUAAAAGUAUGAACGAAACAGAUACAAGAUAAUGAUAUUCCACGUCAGCAAAGUGUCCAAAUAUCUUCCGCUUCCCUGUCUUCGUCGGUCCCUUUUCGGUUUUCACGGUAAGGCUCGGAGGAAAACCUAAUUCGUCCGGAGAAUCUCCACCUCACUCUCGCCAAACGCAUCUCUGUUGUAGCUUGUGAUGGAUCCAACACAGAACACAAGUGCAGGGAUUGGUGGGAGCAAUGGUACAAUCAGAUAUCAAACCAAUGAUGGGACUUCAACUGUGACCGUUGCUGAUGAUUCAAAGGAGAAUCUUUCCCAAGUCAUAAACUCUAUUGAGAAAACUUUAGGAGUCCUUCAUCAGUUACACCUUACCGUCACUUCUUUCACACCCGCGUCUCAACUCCAUCUCCUCCAGCGCCUUAACUCUCUUGUGAUGGAGCUAGAUAACAUGACUAAGUUGUCUGAGAAAUGCAACAUUCAAAUCCCCAUGGAGGUUCUUAACUUGAUUGAUGAUGGGAAGAACCCGGAUGAGUUUACGAAAGAUGUUCUUAAUAGCUGCAUAGCUAGAAAUCAAGUUACUAAGGGCAAGACUGAUGCUUUUAAGGAUUUGAGAAAACAUAUUCUGGAGGAGCUUGAACAGAAUUUCCCUGAUGAAGUCGAUAUGUAUAGAGAAAUCCGUGCUAGUUCUGCUGCUGAAGCGAAACGGUUGGCGCAAUCGCAAAGUGUGUUACCAAAUGGGGAUGCAAAGGUCAAGAAUGAGCUAUAAGAGCCCAAAGGAUCCUUUUUAUGUUUACCUUGUACUCUUGUAGAAUAUAAUGACUGAGUCGAUGAAUGUGAUGUAACACGAACAAUCCCAAGUGGAAUUUCUAAUAAUAUCUGUUGGUUCUCUUCACCUGG